UGGGAAAGUUUUUCCGUGUGAAAAUUCGCACACCAUACAUGAACACACGACUAAAAUUCGCGAAUAGUUGGAUCAUCCAGUCCGGCUGCUGGAUUUGAGGGAAUUUGACGUGUCGGUGAGAAACCGUAUGGUUGGAUUUCAUCAGGAAAUUAUAGGAGAAGAACAAUAGUAUUCAUUCAUUGUUGAAGUGGAGAGUUAAUUAAUAAUCGUAAAAUAAGAGCAUCCGGUCCGGCUGCUGGAUUUGAGGGAAUUUGACGUGUCGGUGAAACCGUGCGGUUGGAUUUCAUCAGGAAAUUGAGGAUAGUACAAUUGAGGACAGUAGAAGGACAAUUGGAGACGGUUCAUUCAUUCAUUGUUCUAUUGUUGGUGAAAGUGGAGAGUUAAUAAUUGUAAAGAUAAAACAAGGAUAUCAUGGCGACACUGACGACAGGACUCCGCCUGUACAACAGUUUGACCCGCUCGGUGGAAGAUUUUCGCCCGGGUGACCCUGCCGGACGACAUGUUACUUGGUACUCGUGCGGUCCAACGGUGUACGAUGCGUCGCAUAUGGGUCACGCCAGGUCGUAUAUUUCGUUUGAUAUUUUGCGACGUGUGUUGACCCAUUAUUUUGGAUAUGACGUGUUUUUCGUGAUGAAUAUUACGGACGUCGACGAUAAAAUUAUCAAGCGUGCCCGGCAAGAAUACCUCUUUGCUGAAUACUCUGCCUCCCCGUCGACUACAAUUUCGUCCAUCACGUCGGAUCUUACGCUCGCUAUUGAAUCCUACGUGACCGCGACCCUCGCAGAAACCGAUCCCGAUAAGAAAACCAUGCGGGAACGAAGUUUGGGCAACGUUAAAGCUGUAAUGGCCCAAGUUGAGGCGGAAAUUAAUAAAAAUUCUGACAAUGCGGAACAUCUCGCUGCUCAAAAAGAAAUAUUGCUCGCUAGCGGUCGCGAUAUUUUGUACGACUGGCUCGACCGUAAAGUUUCUGACGACCGUGUCUUUGAAAAUGAAAUAUUCAACACGUUCUCGCGACGCUGGGAGGGUGAAUAUUUUUCCGACAUGACUGCACUGAACGUCCUCCCACCCGACGUUCUCACCCGGGUGAGCGAAUACGUGCCGGAAAUUGUGUCCUAUAUCGAAACCAUUAUCGCCAACGGAUUUGCGUACGAGUCAAAUGGAUCGGUUUACUUUGACGUGGCGAAAUUUAGGGUGGAUCCGAAUCAUAAGUAUGCUAAACUUGUUCCGGAAGCGGUAGGAGAUGAGAAGAUGUUAAUGGAGGGGGAGGGCGAGCUGACCUCAUCCCGUGCCACGAGUGAGAAGAGGUCACCUGCGGAUUUCGCUCUCUGGAAAUCAUCGCGUCGUGGCGAGCCAUCUUGGGAUUCUCCGUGGGGAAAGGGACGACCUGGCUGGCAUAUUGAGUGCUCUGCUAUGGCGAGUGCGAUCGUGGGAAAAGAGCUGGAUAUUCAUACGGGCGGCGUUGACCUGAAAUUCCCCCAUCACGACAAUGAGAUCGCACAAUCCGAAGCCUACUACAACUCUAACUCUUGGGUCUCCUACUUUCUCCACUCUGGCCAUUUGACAAUCGCUGGGUGUAAAAUGUCGAAAUCACUCAAAAAUUUCAUCACCAUAAGGCAAGCCUUAAAUGAAUACACUGCCCCCCAACUUCGCCUCACUUUCCUCCUCCACUCUUGGAAGGAUACGCUCGACUAUUCUCCCUCCGGCAUGGAAGCAGCGAUCCAAUACGAGCAGAAAAUUGCAGAAUUCUUCCUCAACGUCAAAGCCGCGAUGCGCUGUAGUCCGGAUCCCUACCCAAAAUGGGGUCAAGAUGACGUCACCCUGCAAAAAGGAAUCGACUCUGCAAAAGCCGCCGUUCAUGCCGCCCUCUGCGACAACGUGGACACUCGCAGUGUCCUCUUUGCUCUGCGAGAUCUCAUCUCCGAGUCCAAUAUUUACAUUCAAACCUGCAAAAAUGCAAAGUCCCCAAUUAACUCGCCCUUACUGAAGGCAGGAGCGAAAUAUGUGACCUCAAUUUUGAGAAUGUUUGGCGUCACGGGUUCAACGGAAUUGGACAGUUUUGGAUUCAAAAGUGCGGACGGAGGGGAAGGAGUGGCCGGAAGCGUGGACGUGGAGGAAACCGUGCUCCCAUUUGUAGAAGUAUUAUCCGAGUUUCGGGAACAGAUUAGGUCCACGGCAAAAUCGAUAGGAGACGCAGCCGUGAAGGGGACGAUUUUAAAGGCCUGUGAUGAAAUCAGGGAUAGUAAAUUGCCCGAGUUGGGGGUGCGGUUGGAGGAUCAUGAAGGCUGUCCCACCACGGUCAAAUACGUUGGAAAAGAGGCCAUGCGGAAAGAGAAGGAGCAAAAAGACAAGUUGGAAGCUGACCGUGCCGCCGAGAAAGCGCGGAAGAAGGAAGAACAGGCCCGCGUCGCGGCGGAAAAAGAGGCCGCCCGUCGAAUCCCACCGUCCCAACUUUUCCUCAAAGAGACAGACAAGUAUUCCCAAUUUGGUCCGGAGGGAAUCCCCACGCACGACGCGGAAGGCAACCCGGUGACAAAAUCACAGCUCAAAAAGCUCGAAAAAUUACACGCCCAGCAGAAAAAGGUGUACGACGAGUACUUGAAAACCGUUCCGAGUGAGAAUUAACAGUCGAAAAACUAGUUAUUUUUUUGUUAUUACUUAAAAAAACUAAAAUUAGUCUUGUUUGCCAGUUUGCAAAUUCCGAGGUAAAAAAUGCGAUGCAAAUUACUUGUUAUUACUAUAAAUGGAUGUAUGACUUAAUUGGGUUGAUUAACUCCAGUGUAAUUAAUUAACAGCUUAAAUCCAUGCCUUCCGAGUCUGUUAAGCAUAAUACUAAAAUAAUUCCGAAAACCUAUACUCAUUUCUUUUACAAUGUAUGCAAACAAUAAACUUUUUCCAUUAUAGA